CAUCCUAUAAUGUUGUAAAUAAUGAGUCAAAUGCCGUUUCUGAAUUUCUUUCAAAUAUUUGGUUCUUAGAAAUGUUUUCUAUUUUCAAUUGACAGGCUUCUUUACACUAUUUCAUUACCAGACUUCUACUGAGUCGAAACAUGUCCUGAAUUUAUUAAACCGAAACUAUCACAAAGAUCUUCCAUCAACACUGAAUUCCUCUGAUAACAUAUACCAUUUAAAAUAUAAUAAUAGAUAACCACUUAUCAGGUUACUGACUUGGGACAGGUACAUGAACAUGUGGCGACGUUAAGCGUUAUAUUUCAUUUUGCAACCGAAAAGCGUACAACAACAAAAAUGAAGAAAUGAAGAAAUGAAAAAUAUUAAUAUAAAUUAUAUAUUUUUUCACAGAAUUCAAUAUUUUAAAGAAAUUAUGGAUCAGACGACAAUGGAAGAAAAUGCGCAUCUUACACUUGACAGGGGGUCAAUACCUACAGAAGAGUCAAAUAAUUUGCGAUUACAACAUUUAAUAAAGAAAGUAGGAACAGAAGCUGUAAGAGUUGAAUUCGACAAACAGUUUCAUCCAGCUGUGCUACAGAAAACUAUACGUAACGAGAAUUUGCUACAAAAUCCAUGUUAACUUUAAGGCAAGAGCAACGUGAUUUGCUGCAACCAAGAACAGGUAGUGCUUCAUCAGCAGAUUUUGACAUCACAUUGAUGAUGGUUUUCUUUAGACAUUUAACACCCCUACGCAUUGGAAACAAACUUCCUGUUGAGGUGGAUACGAGUACAGCGGCUGAUCUAACUAGAAUCACUUACUUCAGAAAUAAAAGAGCACACAGUGACUCAAUUGAUGACCAAGAGUUUGAAGAAGCAUACAGUAUAAUAAGCAAGGCAAUUAUAAGACUUGGUGGUACCAGAUUUAAAGACCAAUGCGAAGAGUUGAGGCACAAGCGUCUUGAUGCGAAUUUACCACCAGCUGUAAAGGAUAUUCAAGAGUAUGUUAAAGCAGAAUGGUCCAAAACAGAUACACGCGUAGUUGUUUUGACUAAUGCUAUAAAAUGGUUGAUUGAUAAAACUAAGUGCAAUAAUGUUGUUACUGUAACAGGAGUUUCAGGAAGUGGAAAAUCGACUGCCGUUCAUCAUGUUGCAUUAUAUUUAGAACGAGAACUAAAGUAUCAAAUUUUCGCGGUGCAUUCACCAAAAGAUUUAAUGACAUACUACGUAAAAGGAAAAAAGCUAUUAUUUGUUUUUGAUGACGUAUGUGGAAAGUAUUCCCUCGAUAUUCACAAAUUAAUGAUUUGGAAAGAUUUGUCAAAUGAAAUAAAGUUGUGUUUUAAAGACGGAUUUUUAAAAUGUCUGUUCACGUGCAGGACGCACAUAUUUAAUGAAGCACAAUUUCAAAAUGUCGAUAUUCUUUCAUCAAUCAACCAUGACAUGCUAUCACCUCAAUUUAAUUUGUCAAAUGAGGAAAGAACAUUAAUUGCUAAAUCGUACCUGACUCCAGAAGAAGUGAACACUGUCAAGGAUUUGGUUGAAUUCAACGCAUAUGAUUGUUUGCCUCUACUAUGUCAAUUUUACUCGACAAAAAGAUUUAGCGAUAUAACAAUUUUUUUUAAAAAUCCAACUCAAGUGAUUGAAGAUGAAUUAACAUCAUUUAAAAAUACGCCCGACCAGACAACCUUUGCAGUGUUGGCAUUGUUUGUUAUAUUCAAUAAUAAAGUUGACAAACUUGCUAUUGAAUUACCAUCUUUCAGAGAUAUCUUGCAAGAAAUAGCAGAUAAUGUUACGACAUCGUCCACUCUGUCAUCGAAAGUUGUUAAAGACCAACUGAAAGGGCUAUCAAAUACGUAUGUUAGAAUUCAAACAGAGGCUUAUAAUAUAAUUCACGACAAAUGGUUUGACACUAUCGUUUCUUUUUAUGGCCGACACAUGUUCGACGUCAUAUUGCGACUGAGUCAUCCCGAUAUUAUUCGUGACCGGUUUCAUUUCGAAAUAAUCCGAAGGUAUCAAGAAAAACACUCGCAGGUAAUUUCUGUACCGAUCGAAAAAGAAUCAGAUUAUAUGGAACGAUUAUGCAAGGAUAUUAUGAAUGGAUAUGUAGAACAGGUAUUCACAAAUAAACAAUUGCAGUUUUUAACUUUCAGGCUAAAAUUCAUUGAACAUUUACGUAGAAAAUCAAUCGUGGUUGAAAUGCUACAAAUAUUAAGAGAUACAUCGCCUCUGAAUGUUGUAUCCCAGCAAAACUAUCUUGAUAUCAUGAAGGCGUUACUCAAAAACAAUUUAGACGUGAAUGUUAUGAAUAAAUUCGGAACAACUCCUUUGUUUAUCGCAUCUGAAAAUGGUCAUGUUGGAAUGAUCAAACUAUUGCUGGCUUAUGAUUGUGAUCCUAAUACACGUAGAUUGGAAACCAGCAAAACACCGCUUUUUAUAGCCGUAGAGAAAGGACACACGCAAGUUGUUAAGUUAUUACUAAAACACAAGGCAGACCCAAAUGUACGCACUGAAGAUAAGAAAACCCCACUUUAUAUCGCGGCAAAUCUAGGUCUUACCGAUAUAGUUGAACUUUUACUUGAGAACAAAUGUGACAUUACUUUUUGUGGGAAUCAAAAAUCUCCACUGUUCAUCGCCGCACGACUAGGUCACACCGACAUAGUACGAUUGUUGCUCGAAAGUAGCAGUGAUCCAAAUAUGAUUUCUGAAGAUUUCAUGCAUUGCGAACAAUCCCCUUUAUGUAUUGCGUCGAAGUAUGGUCACAAUGAAAUAGUAGAAUUAUUACUCGAACACAAGGCAGACAGUAAUUCAAGAACAAAAGAUGGCUUACAUCCUCUGUACAUAGCUUCAAGAGAGGGAUUCACCAAUAUAGUUAAAUUGUUAAUUGAUUACAAAGCAGAUGUAAAUGGGGUUGUUCACUUUAAAAUUAACAGGCGACACGCUGUUAUGUUUUCAGAAACAGAAACCAUCAUAAAAUCAGAUUCUUCCUUAUGCGUUGCUUCCGAAAUGGGAUUUUCAGAUAUUGUUCUUUUAUUACUACAAAAUGAAAGUAACCCAAACUUAUGUAGACUUGACUCAAUGGAUAUAAGCUUAUCACCUUUAUGUAUAAGUGCAACAUAUGGAUGGAUGACUAUUAUAAAACUGCUGCUUACGUAUAAAGCGAAUCCUAAUUUACAAAUGGAGCACCAGGACGUUGAACCACCACUGUUUAAAGCUUCGGAGAAUGGAAAUGUCCAAAUUGUCAAAAUUUUGCUUAAGAACAAUGCCGAUCCUAAUUUAUGUUCAGUAAGUUACGAAUGCCGGGACCAUAGUCCGUUGUACAAGGGUUGCGAAAAGGGUCAUAUACAGAUAGUAAAAAUUCUUCUCGAAAACAAAGCUGAUCAAAAUAUAUCUGGUGAAAACCGAAAAAGUCCUCUACGUAUCGCUAAAGAAAAACGUUACCAAGAAAUUGUUCUGCUAUUGCAACAAUUUGGAAAAUAAACUCGGCAUACAAACCAGUAGAAUAUAUUUAUAAACUACUUGAAAAAUAUAUAUAUGGUACAAUGAGCUUAUAUGCAAAGGUAUAGAAAUUUGAAUUGACCAGAUCCGAACCCAUUUAUAAAGUCGAGGCAUAAUUGCUUAAGAUAUAGACGUACACAUUAUUCGCGGAUAAACGUUCACGUAAAUUUCGUAGAUUCCGUAAACAAAACAUAAGACCAGUAAUAUGUUUCUCUAAUUUCGAUAUUGUGCAAUUGUUAAAAUAAUAUUGUGAUUUGUUUUUCUUUCUCUAUUAAAAUAUUGAUCACAA